CUGGGAUCACUUGUCCGCGGAGGAAAUUGCGACAAAGGCUUUUUAGAAAGGACGAAGGCCUCAAUGAGUUGCUCCUUAACAUCUAGUGGAAAGCUCCAGCAAAUAUCAAGCUGGAUAUCUGUCGAAACAAGCGCCUCACAUUGGCCAGAGCUUUUAUUCCAUUGCUCCAACUCCACGCCUGCCUCUAUGACCUCACCAUCUUUUGUGCCAAAUCCGGUGGUAUUUUCAGAUUUCGUACGGAUUUCUGAUCCAUAUCUAAUCCCAAGGACGUUAGUCAUUAUUGCCUUGGUGAUCAAGCUGGUGUUCCCCUUCACUCUCGCUUGAGUCCGGACGAAAGAGUGACGGUUAUAUGGAGAUAUGAGAAACUUGGUUCCGUGCGCACUCGAUGGGGUCAUUCUCGUCCUCUUUUACACUGAAACAAAGGUUAUAUAAGAGGCAACCAAAUGACAGAGUUCGGGGCGUUGUGUGCAGAACCAUUCCCAAUAACCGCGCAACCUUGGGAGUUAGCUGAUCUCCAAGCCCCUACUCCCAAUUGAUAUCGGGGUUCCCGUCGGUGAUAAUGGCCCGCGUCGGACAUUCAUGUGGCCUACUAAAACGGCAGUCGUUGCUGUGGCCCCCUGCUUUGGCAUUAUUAGAGAGGAUUAACCGAUAUCGUCGGGCGUUGGUAAAUAUUGACAAGGACAAGUAUAUCACAGAGGGCGGAUCCGGAAAUGAACUCAAGACCCCUCGCUGCCACUUGCGAGGGUCGGAGCUUGAUACCAUUGUCCAUGAUGUUAAAGCCCUCACGAUGAUGACUGUGGGGAUAACACAGAAAACAGAAUUAUUUUAGAUAUUGCCUCUGACGUAGUCUCGCUUCGCCUGGUGGUUCACCGAGGAGGUUGAUAUGAUCCGCACCAUCUAAAACUCGGCAUUAUUGUGAAUUUACAGGGGGGGCCUUGAGAACCAAGACUAAUUGUUGAUUGGCCUGGUGACAUGCUUUUGUUGGCUGUUGCAGGCGUGCGUCCAAUUUGCCCCUUUCUCUCGAGGGAGUUCUCAUUCGCUUUGUUGUGCUUGUCUGAUGUUUUUAAUCCAUUUAAUAAU